UUUUGACAUUUUCCGGAAAUAUAUAAUAAAAUUAAAUCAGUUAAUCAAAUAACUCAAGUAGCCAAAAUCCAAAAUCUCCGCCAUGGCUGAGAGCUUCUGAGAGAGACACAGCCAUGGCUACAACUUCACACAACAAACCCUCACUCUUCCCUCUACUCUCCCUUCUCUGUUUCAUCUCCAUUUUCCUCCUCCUCUCUCUAUCCAAACGCGCUUCCCUCUCCUCUCCCAAAACUCACCGCUCCGCCACCGUCUUCCCUCCAAAACCCGACGGUUCCCUCUCACCUCUCUCCGCCACUUGCGACUUCUCCGAAGGCUCCUGGAUCUACGACCCCAACCCCAGAUCCACCAGGUACACCAGUAGUUGUAAAGAAAUCUUCAAAGGAUGGAAUUGUAUUCGUAACAACAAAACCAAUGGUUUCGAGAUAUCUAAUUGGCGAUGGAAACCUAAACACUGUGAUCUUCCUUCGUUUGAUCCACUCAAAUUUCUUCAGUCUCAUCGCAAUACCAACAUCGGAUUUGUGGGUGAUUCAUUGAAUAGGAACAUGUUUGUAUCUUUAUUCUGUAUGUUAAAGAGUGUGACGGGUGAAUUGAAGAAGUGGCGACCUGCCGGUGCAGAUCGCGGAUUCACGUUUUCGCAGUAUAAUUUGACUAUCGCGUAUCAUCGAACAAAUCUAUUGGCUCGUUAUGGUAGAUGGUCAGCCAAUGCUAAGGGUGGUGAGUUAGAAUCUCUUGGAUUUAAAGAGGGCUAUAGAGUUGAUGUUGAUAUUCCAGACAGCUCGUGGGCGAAGGCUUCGAGUUUCCAUGACAUUCUCAUUUUGAACACUGGGCAUUGGUGGUGGGCGCCAUCAAAAUUUGACCCUGUAAAAUCUCCUAUGCUUUUCUUUGAAGGCGGUCGGCCAAUACUUCCACCUAUACCUCCUGCUACUGGCCUAGACCGGGUUCUAAACAAUAUGGUAAAUUUUGUGGAGAAAACAAAGCGACCUGGAGGGAUCAUAUUCUUCCGGACACAAUCACCUAGGCACUUUGAAGGAGGUGACUGGGACCAAGGUGGUACUUGUCAACGACUGCAACCUUUGUUACCUGGAAAAGUUGAGGAAUUUUUCUCAGUGGGGAACAACGGAACAAAUGUAGAGGUUCGUCUCGUGAAUCAACACCUCUAUAACUCCCUCAAGAGUAGAAGCGCCUUCCACGUUUUGGACAUAACUCGAAUGAGCGAGUACAGAGCCGACGCUCAUCCGGCAGCAGCUGGUGGAAAGAAUCACGAUGACUGCAUGCAUUGGUGCCUCCCGGGCCUUACCGACACUUGGAAUGAUUUAUUCGUUGCAACUCUUCAUACGAUCAAAGCUUUGUAACCUGAAGAAUCACACCCGUCUUUAGAAUGGUUACUCUUGGGUCUAGCGUCAUAGUCAUUUUAUUUCUUUUUGUACUCUUGUAAAUUUUGAUGUUAUCUUCUGCGAUUUUUUUUUGUUUAGUUAUUUUUUGGCCUACAGUAUUCAAAAGUGUUUUUAAUAUUACAUGCACUUUUCAUUUUAUUUUUUUUGGUCAAACACUUUUCGUAUCUGUUUGAUAUUUCUUCUAAAAAAUUGAAUCAUCUC